CCUGUACGAGUCUUUGUCAUCAGCGUAGUGGGAGGGGGAAUGGGUGAAGUCCUGGGGCAGUCUGCCGACAUUCCACAGACCUUGUGCUCGUAACAUUCAGUUCACUUCAGUCGCCUGCGUAUAACAACGGGAUAGAGCAAACGACUUAGAGGGCCUAUGGAUCUUCAUAUAUUUACUCUCUUGGCUCUGGUAGAAGCCUUCGUGUUGGAGCCCGGAAUGCAGCGGCCGGGUAGUCCUCGACCACCCCCAACGCCUCCACCAAGGCCGAGGCCACCAAAGCCACCCCCGCGACCGCAGCCUCCGCCACCUACGCCGCCAGCAGCAGCUGCUGCUCCAGUUGUCAACCUUCAUCCAACGAGGCGAAUCGAUCUGGGAAUGUUUGAGAAAGAAUCGUGCCCUGAAAAGGAUAUUGCAGAGAGGCAAUUAAUUGAAGAUCAUAAGGUGGUCGCACCAGUAAUAGCUACAUUUUUGUUCCCCGUAGAUGGUGGGUCUAUGAUCAUUGUGGACCUGGAGAAGAAGUUGCAAAAUCUACUGACUUUUCCAAGUGCAGCAUCUACUGUAGCUACUGAGUCUCGUCACCACUCCAUACUGUCAUCCUCUUUUGCUUACCAUGCUAUGGGAAGUAUGUGUCGACGUCCAGUUGUCCAUGGUUCUGACGACCAACGAACAGAUUUCAAUUAUCUGGAAGGAACUGCAGCUCAGCAGGACUGCCCUGACGUGAGCGUCAAAACACCAUACACUCUCAAGCUUAGCUCCUCCGCUCCUGAAGGUCCAGGUGGUUUUGUUGACCAGAACAGUGCUCCUCUAUCUACUGUUACACUGCCGAAAGGAGAUGAACAGCAGCUGUCUGGUCGCCUACCAAAGAAGCGUUGGGAAAAUUCAUAUUCCGACUCGACAGGCGCGCCUGCCGUACUGGAGGUCUACAGUUAUAUGCCUUCUCAGACAUCGGAGACCUGCGCAUCUCCAUCCGCUGCACUGGACAGUUACAGCAACACACAGCCUGGUGCUACAUCUGCUGAUAAGCCUGCUGUGGGAGCAGGACUCCAACAAGAGCAGCUGUGGCAGCACCCUGCCCAGCUCCCGACAGCUGUGAUUCCAGUACCGGAAUAUAAGGCACUGUUGUGGAGUCUAUGUAUUUUCGCCUGUUUGCUCCCCACCUCUCCUGGGUAUGUUGGUCACAAUACGAAUCCACAGCCUGCUGCAGGAACACUUCUUCUUCUGCAAAAUGAGAAGGCUGGGAAUCCGACUGCUUUCGCAGGACCUGCAAGAGAAGCUGUGCUAGCCUGCAGUUGGGACCCUGAGAAACCCUUUAACCAGGACGGUCAGCACUAGGGGCUAAUAAUGGGCCCCUGCUGUCUUACAUCUGCAGAAGAGCUUGCUGCGGAACACGUUUGGGUUAUCAUCCGUUUUGCCUGUCAGCAUGCGCACAGCACAAUGAAUCCAACAGAAAAUGAUGCAUCACAGGACUCCCUCCAGAAGAUUUGCUACAAUCUGACAAUAAUCGUUGUUAUGAGUUCGGUGUUAUUUCUUUUAUGGCUUUCCGGACGGACUUCAAGAGGAAAACAUUACCACAGGUGUCUGGAAAUGCUGGGGUAGCCUCUGAAGUCGUCUGAAAAUGAGAAGUUGUUUUUCGGAACGCUGUAGCUGUAAAAAUGAAAGGGAGAGUGAAAGAAAAUCUAAGAACGUAAGUUUCGAGUCUCUUUACAAUGGAUUUUUUUUUUACCGAAGUCUGAUAUCUGACGAUUUCAUGCAAUAGUCAGAUAGUCAAUAAUUUUGGCUCUUCAGAAGGUGAAACCUAUUUUUACAAUCUUGCUAAACUAAAGCAACUUUGAUUGUCUUUUAUGGCGUGACCACAGCCCAGAAUCGCAUCCAGUUAAUAUUGCUUUGCGACUAUCUGAAUCAUCAACACAAUACAUAUGUAAAAAUGCACUU